AUGAAAUUCGGGAAAACGUUUUCUAGUUACCAAACCCCGAAAUAUUCAACCCAGUACUUAGAUUAUAAAGGUUUGAAGCAGAUUAUCAAAGAGAUUAUCAUUCAACAAGAGGAGUUAUAUCAAGAGGAACACUCGAAUAAAGAAAAUGAAACUAACCCACAAAGGAAGAUAAGAGACGUUUCCAAUGAAGAGAAAAAUUAUUUUGGGAAUGAAAAAGUUAGGAAAUUGAUAUUACAAUUCUCAUUCAAAUUAGACCGUAACCUCGAGAAAAUCGACAAUUUUUAUAACAAUAGAUUCGCAGAAUACAGUAGGCAACUUCAACGUCUCCUUGAUUCCCCACAGUUCGCCAAUGUAGCAUUGUUGUUUAGAAAUGGUGAAGAUGAAGGAACACCAAUUGGGGGCUCAAAUACAUCCAUAGCAUCGUUUUCAAGAAGGUCGAUUUUAAAUUUGGAAAAAAUUGUACUUCUGGACCCACAUCAAAGAAUUGAUGACCUUAGAGAUGUACAAACUGUGUUAAUGGAUUUACAGAAACAAUUUAAUGAUUUGAAUAAAUAUGCACAGUUGAAUAAAAGAGGUAUAAUAAAGAUCCUCAAGAAAUUUGAUAAAAAAGUUGGCACAUCUCAACAGCAAUCUUAUCUUGCAUCCAGGGUAUUUACAUUACCAUUUGCAGAGGAUGAAGAAAGCAGAAAUAUUAAUACCAUGAUUAAUGAGUAUCUAGAGAUACUGGACCUCAAAGCUAAUAAAUUCCAAAACGUCCCUCCAAUAGAAGAGAGGAAAAGUCGGCAAUAUAAACAAUUACAGUUUCCUGGAUCUAUAGAUUGUUGUAUUAAAGAAGAUAAUGUGGAAGAUCUGGAAGAAGAAAUUAAAAGGAUAAAAGACAGAACGGAAAACACGAUUCCCCUUAGGACGUUCGUUAAGUUAUUACUCAAAGCAAGCUUAAAUGAAUCUCAAAAAUGUAUUGACUAUUUAUUAGAAAUAGUUCCCACAUUGAAUGAUGAAACUGAUAUUAAUAACAGAAACUUCUUCCAUCAUUAUGUGAUCUUGAUGAAUAAGAAUCCCUUAUACGCAAAGAAUAAUGUUGUUGAUGUAUUAAGCAGCAUCUUGGGUAAAUUGAAAAGGGAGCAAAGCAUUUACUUAUUACAAAGAGAUGAUUAUAAACGUACACCGUUGCAUUAUGCAUGCCAAUAUGGUUUAUAUGAUUUAACCAAAGUUCUUCUUAUUUAUAUGAAAGAAUGGAACCUUUGGCCAGAAAAUUUUACAUCAUCUAAUUUGAAGGAAUGGGAAGAUUAUGAGUCAUUGGUGCCUUUACACUUAGCAAUUUUAAGUGGAGAUGUAGAGACGCUCCAAGUAAUACUGGAUUCAACUACUUGCGAAAAAGGAGUAUUAGAUAACUUACAAUUGACACAUUUAGCAAUAAAACUGAACCAAGAAUGUCUCGUUGAAAGAUUAUUACAGUCUAACAAAUUUGAUGUCAAUUAUCAAGAAGAAGAAAGCCAAGAAACAGCAUUAUAUUUAGCUUGUAAGUUGAAUUGUCCUACAACGGUCAAACUAUUGUUGCAACAUGGGGUAGAUACAGAACUUAAGGAAGGGAUAUUUGGUUGGACUCCCCUAUUUAUAGCAGCUACAGAGGGAUAUUUUGAAAUUACCAAGCAUUUAAUCGAUUAUAAUUGUAAAAUGGAAGUAUUUGAUGAAGGUGGAUGGACACCUAUGGAGCAUGCAGUUUUACGUGGUCAUCUAGAGAUAGCUGAAUUAUUAACAAUCGAGAAUAUUGAAGAAGUUAAUAAUCCUAAAAUUACAGGGGCAACAGAUGCAACAGCGGAAACAGGAGAAAGUUUACCGAAGACUACUGAUUCUUCAGAGAGUUCCUCCUUGGGAGCUUCUAAAAAUUCAAAGAGUUCCACUAAUUUACUGUCUUUCAAGACAAUUUCUAAACCAGUCAAAUCCUUUGGACACAAAUACCUAAAAGAGAAUGAAACAAUUUUAUUAAUUACGUUAGGUAGUUCUGAUACUCGAAGGGAUAAUAGAGGAAUUAUUUUCAAAGAAGACUCGCAGUUAUUCAAGAAGUUAUCAUCGAAUGAAUUAGAAUAUGCUUUAUCAUUAGUGAUUUCCUGUGAAGAUGAUUUAAAUCAAACACCAGUUGUUUUCGACUUACCAUUUGAGGAAGAGAUACCUGAUUCAAUUAGUUUCAAAGUACCAUUUAAAGAAGAUAACUCCUAUAUUAUUUAUUUCGAUUUAGUCCCUACUUAUGACAAAGUAUUAAAAGAAGAGGGAAAGGAAGACGAAGAAGGGAAGCUGGGAACAGAAAAGCGAUUGAGAGGACGAAGUAUUGCCGUAGUGAAUCAUUUACAGACAUUUGUCGGUGAUAAUCGUCGAUCACUAACCGAUUUAUGUACAUUACCAAUCAUGUCUACAUCUUCACCUUUUGAUAUUGUUGGUACAGUGAAUUUUGAAAUAAUGCUAGUAAAACCAUUUAUUCAUGAAAAUGUUACAUUUGGUAGAACAAAAACGUAUUGGAAAUCAUUGACAUCAACAAGAGUCAUUGGUCAUCGUGGGUUUGGUAUGAAUCGAAAAUUGAGUAAUUCAUUACAAUUAGGUGAGAAUACAAUGGAAUCAUUUAUUGCUGCGUCCUCGUUAGGGGCUGCAUAUGUUGAAUUUGAUGUUCAAUUGACUAAAGAUAAUAUCCCUGUUAUUUAUCAUGAUUUCACUAUUGCUGAAACAGGGGUAGAUAUACCUAUGCAUGAAUUGACUUUGGAACAAUUUUUGGAAUUAAAUAAUAUGGAUAAGCAUAUGAAAGGUGGUAAAAGUGGUAGUGUAUUUGAAAAGAAAAGAAGACAUUCUCUAGCGGAUUUUGAUAUUGAACAUAGCAAUAAUGAUAAAAAUGAUCCUGACUAUAAUAAUAAUAAUAAUGAAAAUAAUGGUGAUGACCCAACUCAAUAUGCAGAUAUUUUUAGUCGAAAUUGGAUUGGUGACAGGAUGAGGUUAACGAAAACGUUUAAAGCUAAACAAUUCAAAGGUAAUUCACGUGGACAUUCCAUUGCAUCAUCAUUUGUAACACUACCUGAACUAUUCAAGAAACUACCACCACAUGUAGGCUUCAAUAUUGAAUGUAAAUACCCUAUGAUUGAUGAAGCAGAAGAAGAAGGUAUUGGACCCAUAACUAUUGAAAUGAACCAUUGGGUCGAUACAGUUUUAAGACAUGUGUAUGAUAACAUGAAUGGUCGAGAUAUUAUAUUAUCAUCAUUCCAUCCGGAUGUUUGUAUAAUGUUAAGCUUAAAGCAGCCAUCACUUCCUGUUUUAUUUUUAACUGAAGCUGGAUGUAUGAAGAUGGUUGAUGCAAGAGCAGCUUCGUUACAAAAUGCAAUUAAGUUUGCUCACCACUGGAAUUUAUUAGGUAUAGUUUCCGCUGCGAAACCCAUUAUUAAAGCUCCAAGAUUAGUGGAGGUUAUUAAAGGGAAUGGAUUAGUUUGUGUUACAUAUGGUGUUGAGAAUAAUGACCCCAAUAAUGCUCAGAUCGAAAUUGAUGCUGGAGUUGAUGCAGUGAUAGUAGAUAGUGUUUUGGCCGUGCGUAGAGGUUUAACUAAAGGAUCCGAUCAAUCUAUGAAUUAG